AUGAAAGAGAUCCACACAGCCCAGAAAAUCAGCAUGCUGAAGUUGAAGCUUGGUGCCGAGGUGUAUUUUGAUGAAAAUGGUGAUCCUCCUGCUAAUUAUGAAAUUAUUAACUGGCAGUUGAUAAAUGGAAAAGUGCAUCAUGUGACACUUGGUAAUUUGACAUUUGCUGCAAAUGGUGAUUACAAGCUCAGCAUUGACGAGGACAAAAUAGUGUGGAGGACAGGGAAAACAGUGCCCACAUCAGUGUGUUCUAAUGUUUGCCCAGCUGGAACCAGAAAAGCUCAAAUUCAGGGAAAACCUAUAUGUUGUUUUGACUGUGUACCCUGUGCUGAGGGAACUAUAGCCAACUCAACAGGUGCAGCAGACUGCACACCUUGUCCAAAGGAAUACUGGUCCAAUGAGAGAAAAGAUGAGUGCAUUCCUAGGACAAUUGAGUUCCUGAAAUAUCACGAGCCCAUGGGAAUAGCUCUAACAGUUGUAUCCCUGUUAGGGGCCUCAGUAUCUCUGGCCACAAUGGUGGUUUUUGUCCACAACAAAGAAACUCCUGUGAUAAAAGCCAGCAACUUUGAGCUGAGCUCUCUCUUAUUAUUCUCUCUUUUUCUGUGCUUUCUCUGUCCUCUCACUUUCCUAGGUAAGCCAACAGUCUGGUCAUGCAUGCUGUGCCACACCACUUUUGGUGUGACAUUUGCCCUUUGCAUUUCCUGUGUCUUGGGAAAAACCAUUGUUGUUGUCACAGCCUUCAAAGUCACAUUUCCUGGUAACAAAGUUGCUGGAAAGUUUGGUCAUGCACAACAAAGAAUCAUUGUUUGCUCCUGCACUUUCUUUCAAGUGGUAAUAUGCGCAUUAUGGCUGACUUCAAACCCACCUUACCCACAUAUGUUGUUCACAUCCAGCAACAACAUGAUUGUUCUGGAAUGCAACACAGGAUCUGAGUUUGCUUUUUAUGUAGUGAUGGGAAACAUUGGGAUCCUUGCGAUCAUUUGUUUGAUCCUGGCAUUUAUGGCAAGAAAACUUCCUGAUAAUUUCAAUGAAGCCAAAUUGAUCACAUUCAGCAUGCUGAUAUUCUGUGCUGUGUGGAUUACCUUCAUCCCAGCAUACAUCAGCUCUCCUGGAAAGUUCACUGUAGCUGUAGAAAUAUUUGCAAUUUUGUCCUCAGCUUUUGGCCUAUUAAGUAGCAUUUUUGCACCCAAGUGUUACAUAAUAUUUCUUAAGCCAGAAAGAAAUACCAAGAAACAUGUUAUGGGAAAAACUAUAAACUAA